UCAAGCAAUACUCAAAUCAAUGAAAAGUCGAGCAAUCCUCAAACCAACGAAAAGUCAAGCAAUCCUCAAACCAACGAAAAGUCAAGCAAUACUCGAAUCAACGAAAAAUCAAGCAAUACUCGAACUAAUGAAAAGUUGAGCAAUACUCAAACCAAUGAAAAGUCGAGCAAUACUCAAACCAACGAAAAGUCAAGCAAUACUCAAAUCAAUGAAAAGUCAAGCAAUACUCGAACCAACGAAAAGUCAAGCAAUACUCAAACCAAUGAAAAAUCAAGCAAUACUCAAACCAACAAAAAGUCAAGCAAUACUCAAACCAACAAAAAUCAAGCAAUACUCAAACCAACGAAAAAGUCAAGCAAUACUCAAACCAAUGAAAAAUCAAGCAAUACUCAAACCAACGAAAAGUCAAGCAAUACUCAAACCAAUGAAAAGUCAAGCAACAAAUCUCGAGAUAUUGGGAAUAUGGUACAAUUCAUUGAGAAAACAAAAGCACCAUUGCUUAAUGAAACUUGA